AUGUCUAAAAAACUGGAAAAGAGCAUUUCAGCUGCCCAGAAGUUCCUUACGGGUCUGAGGACGUUGCCUCAGUUCCCGGAGAUCCAAAGCAGGCAGGCAGCGAAUCUACGGAAAGCCGCAGAAGGAAUUCCAGUGAUCAGUGUUUCAGAGUCCACGACCAUCUUGGAGACUCUGGAUGAAAACCUCUGGAAUCCCGAGUGGCUGGAGGAUUUCAGAAGUUUGGUUGCCAGCAAGACAGGCGAUGAUGAGUCUACAGGGCGGGCUGGGCAGCAGGACUACACGUUGUUGCCGAAAUAUCUGACGGCAGAGAUAUGGCAGGGGCUUUUGCAGCCCGACGAGCAUCUGAGAGAGACGAUGUUGGAGCAGCUGUGUAAGCAUGCAGCUCGCUUGGGCUUAAGGAACCCAACAGAGGCCAGCAAUGCUACGAUACUCGCCCUGGUCUGGGGGCUCACCAGCAGUCCAGAGCUGACUGUACACGGCAUGGCAGACUUGCUGAAAAAGAAAAGAGCUGUGAUCAAGAAGUUCUUGCAAGCCUCAGGCAAAUGUAGUUUGCAGCUGAUGGCUUUGCCCUUGGACCUGGUAGAUUUGCCAAGAGAGUUUCUCCAGCUAGCCUUCGGCGGCAAGACGCCGGCAGCUGCACGGGAGGAGGCCAAGCUCGCAUCCAUGCUGGCUGUCUGGCCGUUGCGUGGCAACAACAAAGUCUUGCAGAGGGGUAUGGCGAGCUUGGACUUGGGCUCAGCAUCCGUCUCAAGGCAGAUGUCUGGCAGCGACUUCGGGCAUUUCGCUGCUGCCUUUGCUUCGACAUGGGCUGCAUCGCAGGCCACGGGGCCGGGCGCAGCUGCAUCUUCGGCGGCGCCGUCGAUCGAAUACUUGGAACCCGCCCAGAAACGGCAGCGACUGCUGGCCCUGAAAGACCAAGAGCCUGAGGAUCGGCCGCUGCCUGCUCCUUUGCCUUCCACGGAGGCCUUGCCCAACACAAGUGCAGCGAAAGCUGAUCCGCCCGUGGCUCUUGAAGAACCUAGCAGCGGCGCAGACAGGGAUCUGAAAGAGCAGGCCGCGGAGCCGACUGCCAAGCCUUUGCAUGUGUCAUCGGUGCUAGAUGACUUGAGAAGCGUGGCCAAGCAAGGCCAGAAGCCACUCAAGGGCAAACCCGCUUGCAACCUGGCAGCUGCGAAGACCUCUCCUUGCAAAAAGCCAGCAGCACAAGUCCUGAGGCGACCUGCUGCACAGUCCUCUGCUGCGAGCUCGGACGACAAGUUUGCCCAUCACAAUUUCCAUGCCCAGGGGUAUGGCGACUGUCGUGUGGAAUUCUUCAGUAACAAGAGUUACAUUCGUUCUUGGGACUACUCCCAAGGGAAGUACGUCAUGGUGAUGGGGUCUUGUGCAGCUGGCAUCCACAAGGACAUCUGCCACGCAUUGUUGCCACAUGUGAAGAAAGGUGUCUCCCGCGAGAAGCUUUGGGACAUUCGCGAGGAUUUGAUGAAGAAGUUUUCAGCUUCCGCCUAG